AUGAAAAUUUAUAACUUAUUUACAAAGACAGAGUCAAAAAAGCCUGUAUCAAUUUUUAGUUUAGAUAUAUUUGAAAAUUUUUUGAUUAUUGCAAGCACGAAUGGUGACAUAGACUUAUACAAAGAUAAAUAUACUAUUUAUAAAACUGUCAGGAAACACGCUGGUGCUGUAUUGUGUGUAAGAUUUAAUCAGCAUGGUUCUUUAAUUGCUUCAUGUGGUGAUGAUGGUGCAGUAAUAGUCUACGAUAUAGAUUUAAAUGUUAUUAAUUUUUUUAAAUUUCAUUCUGGUGAUGUUACUAAUGUUUUUUGGACCAACAAGUAUUUAAUAAGUGUUGGUCACGAUGGGUGCAUAAUUUUUUAUGAUGAAAAACAUUUUAAUGUUAUAGCAAAAAUAAAAUCGCAUGAAAAUAAAAUUACAGGAAUCGGAGGAAACAAAAAAAAUAAUUUUAUCUGUACACAAGGAGAUGAUGGUAUUGUGUUGUAUAAAGAUCAUUCUGUCUAUAAAAAGAUUCCACCUAACGAAGGUGUAAUUCUAGAAUCAUUUUUUUCUAGAAUGAGUUGGUCUCCUGAUGGAUCUAUUUUUUCGUGUGGUCUAUCUUUUAAUCAAAAAGUCAAUUCAAUAGAAAUCUACAACCUAGAAAUGGAAUCAAAGUAUUCUUUACUAGGACAUGUUGCACCUUGUGAAGUAACAUGUUUUAAUCCCAAGACAUUUAUUAAUGGUGUAAAACAAUAUUAUAUUUUAGCAGUAGGCUCACAAGAUUUGUCUAUAAGUUUAUGGACAACACUUUCUCCUUAUCCUUUUUUAUUAAUUAAAAAUGUUUGUGAGAUGCCAAUAUUAGACUUAGCUUGGUCUCUUGAUGGUACAAAUUUAUAUUAUUGUUCUUAUGAUGGUACAGUAGGGAAAUUGGAGUUUGAUUUGAAAGAGUUGGGAAAUAUUUCUACAGUUGAACAUACAACAGAAAAUUCUGAUUUAUUUUUGACGCUUUUGAAUGCAGAACUUUAUGAUAAAAAAAUACAAAAAUUAAUUAACAACAGGAUUAAUAAUACGAGAAUGAUAAAAAAAAAUAUAAAUAAUUUAGAAUUACCACAAAUAUCGAAUCAAAAUAAAAUACAUAAAGAACAUAAUGAUAAACUAUACAAAGAAUCUUUUUUACAUGAAAAAUCCGAAAUUAAAGCGAAAAAUAAAAAUUUUAAGCAUUUAAAUAUACCUUCAGAGAUAAAAAAUAUACAAUAUUACAUUAAUAACGAGAAUAAUAAAUCAGAUGUAGAUUUUAGAUAUAAAAGUCAAAAUGUUUCUAUGGAAGAAAAAUUAAAAAAAAAUAAUAAUUUGAUAAAAAUACAAGAUAAUGAUAGAAAUACAAAAACGAGCUUUUUUGACGAAUCUGUUUUUUCUAGCAGUGAUAAUUUUAAUUAUAAAAAAGAAACUCCUCCUUCAACGUAUAAAUCAAAUGAUCAGUAUUUUGAUAGUUUAAAUCCUUCUCUUCGUAAUCAGCACAUGCAAAAUUAUUCAGAAGGUAUUAGACAAAAUUUUAAUCCAUUUCAUAAUAAUUAUGAAAUGCAUAGAAGACCAUUUAUUCCACCGCCUGGUCAUUUUAAUAUGGAUGGUAUGCCUAUGUAUCCACCUUAUAUGCAUAAUAAUAGAAUGAUGCAUAUGCAGAAUUAUGAUCUUAAUAUGACGAUGAAACCUAAUUUUAUGCAACACACACAAAGAAAUGAUAUUAGAACAUUAAGAGAUCACGAACAAUCACGUUGUGAUAAAAUUUCAGAAGACAAAUUGCAAAAACUUGAACCAUUAAACACUGAGGAUGUAGGAUUAAGAAAAAAAGAUAUAAUUGAACAAGUAGAAAAUAAUGAGAAAUGUAAAACAGAACCCGAAUUAUCUGUUAAUGAAAAAAGCAAUAAUUUACCGACAAAAAAUGAACAGCCCAAUUUAACUACAAAAGUUAUAAAACGAAAAGUUGUUAAGCCUGUUCUUUUAGAUGAUAAAAAAGAAGCACCAGUUGAGGUUUCGAUGUUUAAUUAUAAACAAUCUGUUAGAAUUGAAAAUGGAGUAAUUGAAGAAUUUUAUAAAGAUUUUGGAGAUUAUUCUAUUGAACUAAAUUCAGAAAAAACAAAAUUAACAAUAAAAAGAUGUAAAAAAGAUUUUUUUGAAAUUUACGGAAAGUUUAAUUUUCUGUGUGCAUCCAAAAGAUACAUUUGUGUUUACACCACAAAUAUUGAAAUAUACGAUUUAAGAACUGGUACGCUUGUAUGUCCAUUCAUUGGUGCAGGUUCAGUAAUUUAUAUGGAUAUUUGUGACACCAACCUUUUAUUUUUAGAAGGAGAUGGUACUGUUGGUAUUUUUGAUAUAAAACGCAAUUCCCUGUUAAAUACACGUGUUCCACGGUAUGAAACAGUAGUGCGAAUUAGAUUUAGUAAAUUGUAUUUUAUAAUUUGUGAAUACAAAGAUUCUGAAUAUAUAUUAGAUAAAAAUACUAAAUUAUGGUAUUUAUUACGUAAAGAUUGGAAUGACUUGUCUACUACAAAUAUAGAUUACGAAAAUACGGUAGAUGAGACCAUUAAAAAAUUAGAAAACAAAUUUUUAAUCAAUUUCAAAAAUAAAAGACACGAUAAGCUUAAAAAAAUUACAAAAAAAAUGAUAAAAAUAUUAAUGAACAUAAAAUUAACUGAUCAAUAUGAAAAUAUUAUAAAAAAAGUUUUUAUAGAUUUAAUUAAAUUAGGACAUAAAAAAUUUGUUAUAAGAUGUUUAGAAAAAUUAAGUAAAAAAUUCAAUCUACAAUAUUUUAUUGUAGAUGUUAUGAAAAAUAUGUGA